AUGCCCCAACAACCCAACAACAAUAAUACCGGUUGUAACAGAAAUGUAUCACAACAAACACAGCAUAACAACAAUAAUAAUCGGAAUGCACAAAGAUCGUCAUAUCAUACAAAAUCUCAAGAAUCGUUGAAGCCAAAGCAUACACAAGCGUAUGAACAAUUACAAGAAAAGUUUAAGAAUCCUGAGGAGAUCAAACAAAAAUUUAGAGAGAAGAAGCGAAAACAAUGGGAAGAGCGAAGAUUUGUACAAAUACAACCAACUCUUUCUGUUAUUCUGAAAGGACUCUCUAACUCUGCUAAUGAAGAAGAAAUUGGUAAUAUUAUUUAUAACAUUCACGGACUAGUGCCUACUCGUGUUAGAAUUGUGAGAGACAAAGAAACUGGCCAAAGUAGAGGCUUUGGAUUUGUUGAUUUUUCGACAGUAGAAGAAAGUCAAAUGUUAAUGGAUUCAACUGCCGGAGGAAUGUUUAUUGGAAAUGAUUAUGUUGAACUGGAAUAUAGUCACAAAGCUGCACCGAAUACCAACAAGCCAUCUGAGCAAGGGCCAGAAGAGCAAUUUUCUAUCAAGGAGCAAAUCUAUCAAGACUGGAUUUGUGGUCACUGCAAUACACAGAAUUUUAUGCACAGAGAUUCUUGUUUUGGAUGCUCUCUUCCAAGAGACGAAAAAGCACAAGAGGUAAUCACCAAACAAUCUGAACACAUUUCUCAAAAUGAUGGAUUACCUCCAACAGUGGAAUUAAUUGUACGAAGUCUUAAUAUCCUUACAACAGAAGCAACGUUAUUGAACGUAUUUGGUCAGUUUGCUCCAGUGAAAGCUUGCAGGGUUAUCAAAGACAAGGCAACUCAGAUUUCCAGACAAUUCGGCUUUGUAGAGUUUUACUCUGUAGAAGAUGCAACUCGAGUACUGUCACUAUGCUCGGAAUUGUUUAUUGAUGGCGUGAGAGUGAAUGUCGCCUAUGCGAAACGGCAACACGUACCAGAGACCGAGGUGACCGUUACUGAAGACGUUAAUGUGGCUCAGUGGAACGCCCUUUACAAUUAUACUGGAACGGACGAAAGACUAGAAGAAAAACAAAAAAAGAUUGAAACAAAGGAUGAAAUAUCUAACAAAUCAUUGACACAAUGUGGAUUUGUUUUUGACCAAGAAACAGGAUAUUAUUACAACAGCCAAUUGAAUUAUUACUAUGAUACAAAAACUGGAUAUUAUUACGAUUGUACAGCUGGUGUUUGGAUGUAUUAUGAUGAGGAGAAGAAGACAUAUAUUCCCUUUCCUAAAGAGGAAGCUGCUACUGAAGCAUCUACAUCUGAGCCAACUCAAUCAGACAUUGCUGGAAGUAAAGUGAUUGGACCCUUACUUCCACAAGCUUCUGAAGAACAAGAAGAAGUUGUAGAAGUCAUUAGUUCUGGAGGGUUUGUGCCUAAUCCUAAAUUCAAUGAACAGCUUAAAAUUUUGGAAAAAGAAAUUGAGAUUGCCCAACUUGAAGCAGAACCUUCAUCUUCAUCCUCAACAAAGCAAGGAAUUAAGCGUAAAAGAGAUGUUAAACAAAAAGAAAGCAUUGAGGAAGUUGAAAAGAAGGAAAUUGACGACGGAAAUGUUGGUAAGAAGCUGUUAGAGAAACUUGGAUGGACAAAAGGAGAAGGUCUUGGAAGAAACAAAACUGGUAUUACUGCUCCCAUCAGCGUCAAAUCAGUGGAAAAGCAUUCUGGGCUAGGCUUUGCCAAAUCCAACACGGCUCCAUCUACCAAGAAGCGAAAAGAGAGCUACCAAAAAGAAGGUAUGAAGGCUCUUCAAAAACGAUUCAACGAGAUUGAAGAAAAACGAGAAUAA